AUGGCGGAGGGUGCGAAGAUUCAUGUUCGACUCAUGGGACAUUCAUACAUUCGCCGGUUAGGUGAAUUUAUCGCAGCUAAUGAAAACUAUGCUAAUUUACAAUUAGAUAAUACACGAUAUUUUGUGGACUUUCAAGCUAGAGGGGGGCUAACCUUUCAACGUCUAGCACAAUGCGCGGAAUUCACUAAUUUCCCCAAACCUCCCCCCGAUGUGUGCUUUCUGCAAAUGGGCGGCAACGAUUUAUGCCGGGUACAACCCCACAAAGUGGUGACAGAUUUACUCUCAUAUGCCCAAUAUUUACGUGACGGCGUGGGAAUCAAAAACGUUAUAGUGGGUCAAUUGUUACGUCGACAGCCAUGGGCGACCAGACCAGGGUAUAACGAAGACGUCAUAUACGUUAACAAUAAAUUGAAGGAAGGAACUGCUACCCUAGAAAACAUUUAUUAUUGGCAACAUCGUGGAUUUUGGACGGACCUGUCUUAUCUUGGUCGUGAUGGUGUACACAUAGAGGGAACAUCCAGGCACAUGAAAAAAUACCUCCACAGCAUUCACAGCAUUCGUAUUGCAGUUCUUCACCAUUCCAGAUAA